UCUCUGCCUUCAGACGGUGCUGAGGCGCACCGACACGCUCUCACACUGUUCAGGAUUCCCAGGCUGACUCCGCAGCCUGCCGUGCUCCCCCCCCCCCCCCCCGCCGUUCCCUCACCGCUGUCCGCAGCCACCAGGCAGUGUCGGCUUCCCCUAAAGAUUAAAAGAAGAAAUUCUUGAGUGACCCUUGGCGCUUUGAAUUCAUACCAUGCCAACUCUAAAAGAACAAGAUGAACACUGCAGGAUGAUGAUGUAGUUCUUGCCGACUUCCUCCAUGCAACAUAUUCUCUUGGCUGAAUUAACUGGAUAAUUGUGACUGUGGGACCAAUGGAGCAACCUGGGAAGGAUCUAAACCUUACCUUUCUGCUGGAACAUGAAAGAGAAAUGAUCCUGAAGGUGCUGCAGAAAGACGAGAAGCUGAGGAAGAGAGAGGAGAAAAGGAUACGGAGGCUGAAGAAUGAGCUGCUGGAGGUCAAACAAAAGGGUUACAUUCGGCCCCAGGAUUUGGGAGCCCGACAGUGCACUCGCUGCCUCAAGACUCUGGGCCUGAUCUUCGACCGUGGCGAUCUCUGUGAGGAGUGCCAGUCUCGCGUCUGCAACAGCUGCCGUGUUGUGAAUUCCAGAUCACGCCAGUGGAAAUGUACCUUUUGUGACAAGCUCACGGAACUGAAGGUGUCAAGUGGAGAAUGGUUCCUGGAGGAGAGGUCUAAGCGCUUUGAGCGGGGACUGUUGAGCAGUGACGUGGUCAAACAGACGAUCCUGAGUACCCCGCAGACCACAGAAGUAAAAAAGACUGCCCCUUCAAAGCAGGAGAAACCGGAGUCUGCAGUAUCCAACAGAUUAACUGUAGUCAAUGAUGCCAGGAGAAAGGGGGGUGGUGCGGAGGGUAUGGAGUCCAUGGCAUCCAAAAACCUGCGUCCCCGGUCUCUGGACAGAUCAUCCAAUCUUGAUGCUAAUCGGAGGGUCAGGCCUGAAGGAGCGGAGAGCGAUGCUGGUAGCGCACCCGAGAAGAGAGCUUCUGGCCCGAGCAUUUGUGUGUCCAAGCCCUCGGUUUCAUCAGAUCACAGUCGAUCAGAGUGUGACCUGUUAUCUCCCGGCUCUGAACCCAAUGACAACACCCUCUCUGUCAGAAGCCGCUCAGUCCCUGGACUCGACGAAACGGAGUUUUCUGAUGAGGAAGACAUCGACGCUCUGAUGUCGGCCCACAGCAAGAUUACUGGCAGACGCCUCAGCAACGCCAUGUCAACGUCUUCCACUCCUGGAUCAGAAAGAAGGUGGGGGUAUCUCAAUGUCCCUGACUCGGAUGCUGAGACUAGCAGUAUAAACAGCACGAUGAGCAUGUACAGCGAGACCGGUGACUAUGGCAACGCAAAGGUGAGCGGCGAGAUCCUGCUCAACAUCAGCUACAGCUACAAGACCGGCGCACUCAGUGUUCUGGUGAAAGAGUGUCACAACCUGGCAGUAGGCGACGAGAGGAGGCAGCGAACGGAUGCGUAUGUGAAGACUUACCUGUUGCCAGAUAAGUCACGACAGAGCAAGAGGAAGACGAGCAUCAAGGCCAACACCAUAAACCCUGUUUUCAAUGAGACUCUGCGGUACGUGAUCAGCCACUCGCAGCUGGAGACACGAACCCUGCAGGCGUCUGUAUGGCACCACGACCGGUUUGGACGCAACAGCUUCCUGGGAGAAGUGGAACUGGCUUUUGACGCCUGGAAAUUCGAUUGCCAGAUAGAGGAGUGGUACACACUGCAGCCCAAGGUGGAGGGCAGUAUAGAUGCUACACUGCAGUAUAGAGGAGAGCUGACUGUUGUGUUGAAGUAUAUCCCUGAAGGAAAGAACGUCACACCGACUGCAGACCAAAUCCAAGUGAAGAAGAGUUUCCUGAAAGGCAAGAAGGCGAGCACUUUCACUCUGCCUGAAGGGGGCAUGGUUGAGCUGCUGGUCAAGGGAGCCAAAAAUCUAACUGGUGUCAAGCCUGGAGGCUAUUCGGAUCCUUUCGUUAAAGGAUACCUCCUCCCUGAUAGCAACAAGUCAACCAAGCACAAGACAGUGGUGGAGCGACACACUGUUAACCCGCAGUGGAACCACACCUUCACCUACUGUGGGCUGCAGCCAGGAGACCUCAACAACGUCUGCCUGGAGCUCACUGUGUGGGACAAAGAAGCUCUGUCCAGCAACGUCUUCCUGGGGGGAGUCAGGCUGGGAGCUGGCACAGGGGAAAGCUACGGGAAGGAGGUAGACUGGAUGGACUCAUACGGGGAGGAAAAACGGCUAUGGCAACGAAUGAUUGAAAAUCCCGAAGUCCCCCAUGAGUGUACUCUGAUGCUGCGAUCCAGCAUGCGCCAGCACAAUACAUGAACCCAACUAAAGCACAGCUAGAGAACAGACUGAGACUGAAAGGGAGAAAGGAAAGCGAGAAGUCGUCUGAAGAUGUGAGGAGGAGCCAGCAAAGUGGAGCAGCGAGGGGCUCAGGACUCUGGACUCUCAAAGGAACAGAGCCUGUCCCUUUCCCUGCUUCUUUUCACUUCAGAUCCCUUCUUCUGUCCACAACAGCCAGUCAUGCCUUACACACUCAUUCAUAUGUGCCCCUCUGUCCUCCAGCAUCUAGUCUUGACCAAGCACUGCUGUUUAUGGAAAAACAAGUGUUGUAUUUAACAUCUUCUGAAUAAGCACACAGUGACUCCCGAUAUGUCCGUCCGCGUCUGAGUGACGUCUGCAUGUUGUUGCAGCUGAUGGAGACCAUUCACGAGGCACUGAUCAGUUAUAAAUAAAUGUGGACGCUCCCCUUCUAAACGGCAAAGCUGAAUCCUGCUCUGAGGCACAUGGGAUGUUGAAUUCAUCCCCUCAUAAACAGCUGUGUACAGAUGUAGAAAAUUACUCAUUCUUACUGCUGUGCUGCUCGAGGUGCUUCUAUUUGAAUUUACUACUUCAUAAGUUUUUUUUUUUUUAGAUUAAGGAAAAAAUUAGCAACAGAAGACUCGAUUGGGUUGAAAGGAGGUUUAAAUCAAAUAGAAUUCAUGUAUAAAAAAUAGGACUCAGUAAACCAAAUUUAGAGCAGGAAAAGUCAUAUUCCAGAAGCUGGUUGUUGGGUAUAUUUCCAUGGAUUGAAAACCACUGGAAGGAUGAUUGAGAACCCUGUGUACAUUCAUGGUCCCCGCAGGAUGUAUCCUCAGAAUGAUGAUUUCCCCGUGUUCCCCUGGGCUCUGCCAGCAGGGUGAGGUUUUCACUUAUCCUGCAAAAGAUUCAAAACUAGUGAACCAUGAUUACUUCCUGCCUGAUGCAUCCUAGUGAACUUGACUUCAAGCACGCACUUUAGGGUCGCUUCUGAAUUUGGAGUGUAGUAUCUUUAAAUUGUGUGAACAAAAUAUUACGGCAUUCAUGUCCCUCAGAGUUCAUUUUAAUAACUUUGUGAUCUCAACAUUUGUUUAGUGCAUCUGGUCCAAAAAACAGUGCUAAUUAGCAAAUGUAACAUGCCAACAGAGUAAAGUAUGUACCUGCUAAAUAUCCAACUAUUAGUAUGCUGUAGCAUAUAGGUUCCUCACUUCCAUGGCUGUUUACCAUUUUAAGCUGUGCGCGCAGGGUUUUGCAGUGAAGUGGUGACCAGAAACCGUAGCAAGUCAAUGACAUUUGGCAACUUAAAGCUACUAUGGAUGGGGAGGGGGAAAAAAACCAAACACAAAAAAACACUGACGGAAAGUGGAUGGGUCCUGAGCUAAGCUUUUCACAACUACAAGAUGAGCCACUGAAACAACUACCAAUUAGUAAAUUAGAGGAUUACCUAAGCAACCAGAGCCAUGAACGUCAAAGCAAUGUGCAUCAGACGAAUCGCUCUAUUUUUGUGGCUGCAGCUUUAUGCCAGGUUCAGACUACAGUGGCCUUUGUGAAAGGUUACAAAUAUAAAUUUGAAAUUUCUUGCCAUGAUUUGAAGAAUAAUAGUUUGUCACGUGAUGUGCACACAUUGCUCAAGUUGUCCAUCUUAUUGGAUGUGAUACAACCACCGGUCGAGAGUGGGGAAAAUUCGUAUUCCCCAACUGGUUGGCUAGUAGUUGCUGGGGGUGGCUGGCCGUCACUCGGUGAAAUCAGUCUCGAGGAGGGUGCUGGACCAAAAACCACCUUGCAGUUGUGUUAAGAUUGCGUAGUUUUGAUGAAAGUCUGCAAACACUGACAAGCUUAGUGGUAGAAAAACUUGAAAAGGUGCAAUACAAUAUUUUUUUUUUUUUUUUUUAAUUGAGCUAUUACAGAUUACCCAACCUAGACUAGCUUUGAUGUAAUUUAUGUAACACUGUAUCAGUGUCAUAAUAGAAACUGCAUGGUAUUAGAGAAAACUGAGGUAGAAGAACAAAAGUUUAUGUAAAGCACUGAUCCCGUCACUUUACUCCUAGAAAGCAGAGUGAUUUGAAGUGCGUUCCCAGCAACCCUGAGAAGGAGGCUGUUUUCAAUCGUGAGUCAGCACUGAGGCGAGCGCCUCCAUCUCAGUAAUCAGUUGAUGACCUUGCCCCCAUCGCCCGGGGCUCUGUGCUCCGCCGUCGUGCGAGGAAAUGCAGAGUUGACGAAAACUGGUCUCAAGUUAAACCUCGUAGAGCAAUUCUUUAUGUGGAAUGCCAAUUUUGUCUGCUUGUCCUCUGAAAACCAUCUGCUCUCAGCUCCCAGUUUGACAUCCAGUUAUAGUAAUAAUAUAUGUUAACUGUCCAGCAUACAUAAGUUGUGCAAUACCGAGAAAACUCUUGAUGUACAGCAUGUACUCUCUUGUCUGGUUUCCAUGCAUCAGAUUCACUGUUUUCAUCCCAAAUGUGUUACCAGAAUAUUUUGAAUUAAACGCAAAUUUCCAAA